AUGGCCAGGUGGGAUUACGAAGAUGCCAUACUUUGCAGAUACUUCCCUUCAAGUCUGAAAGGAUCCGCGUUGUCUUGGUUCGUCAACCUAACACCAGAUUUUAUCGAUUCAUAUGAUCAGCUUACUGAGAAGUUCCUGGCCACUUACAUGCACAACAAGGUCGUCAACACGGGAAUGUACAAACUCUUCUCACUUGAAAUCAAAUACAAGGAGACCAUCAGGGAAUACACUGAUAGGUGGCACAGGAUAUGUCAAGCCAUAGGGAAUGUGGAUCCAGUAGUAACUAUCAACUGCUACAAGUGGGGGCUGGACAGGAUGAGCCCCUUGUUUGUUGAUAUCCAGGAGCAGGAAAGCGGUUCCAAAAGAGGCAACUUAGAUGAACGACCCAACAAAUACAGAAGGGAACGAAGAGAUGACCGCAGAAAGGAUGAUCGAAAGUUCGAAGACCAAGUCUACACGAAGCUAAAUGCCAGCUAUUCGCGCAUCUUGAAGGAGAUCAAGGGUCGGGAAAACCUUGAUUGGCCAUGGUCCAAGGGAAAGAAGCCCCCAAGAUCAGAAAAGUCUAGAGAAUACUCUGAAUAUCACUGCUUCAAUGGCCACCAAACAGAGAAAUGCAAAAAUCUCAAAAUAAUGAUUCAAAAGCUAAUUGACGCGGGGGAUCUUAAGAAGUAUGUGCAGAAGGCUGAUGCCGAAGGAAGGGCAAAACGAAUCAAGCAAGUUCAACUACCCGAAGGAAACCGCACACUUAACACCAUCUCAUGUUCUGAGAACACGGGACCAUCUCUAACUGCCCAAAUAGGGAAAAUACUUAGAAAGCAAUUCGAAGACUACUGUGAGUUGUACAAGAUCGAUGGGGAAGAAGUAGACGAACACGAACAUUGGAUAGACACGCCCAUGGUUUUUGAUGAUGAGGAUGUCGAAGAAGAUAUGGAGGAUCUCAACGAUCCUUUAGUCCUCGCAUUACCAGUAGUCGGGUGCAAUAUCAAGAAAAUCCUCAUCGAUGGAGGGAGCUCGGUCAAUGUUCUGUUCUAUAAUACAUUCAAACGAAUGGAACUCAACGACGAACAACUGUUAUCUUCGUAUCAUACUAUCUACGGGUUCAACGUGGCAUCCACGAAGCCACUUGGAGACAUUGUCUUGCAAGUGGACGCAGGGACAAUGAAAGUCGAUACACGAUUUAGUGUGGUAGAUGCACCAUCACCCUACAACGCCAUAAUUGGCUGA